AGCACUGCAAUACACAAGGACGAGGUUGCCCAAUACCUCAACCAAGGCCAUGCACAAUAUCCCUGCGCCACACCCAAUCCAAGGCUGGAUAUUGGCGGCUGGUGGCGGCUGCCGGCGAUUGCUGAGCUGAGGUUCGUGCACCUCAAACCUCCUUCAAUGUCCUGGAAAUUGGAAUAGCUUCACCUGUCCCAGCAAUGGCGGGUGACAGCGUGCAGUAUUACUGCAUCAAGGAACCCUGUUGUAGGCUGUGUCAGUUCCAGCUUGAGGAUGGAGAAUUUGUGGUCGCAGCGAUUGAGGACGACCAUGUAUCCGCUUCAUUUUCUUUCCGUCGCCAUGAUAGGUUUGAAGAUGACGAGGAAGCGAUCACGUUUCAUAUGUGCUGCGAGAGUGCCUGUAUAAAGGGAGAGUGCCGAGUGCAUUGCUUUCACGACGCCUGCUAUCGCUUCAAGCUCUUUCUGAUAACCUCAAAAUACCUCGCUGCCACCGAGUAUAGUUUCAGCCUGCCUGUCCGUGAUGGGUUGAAAAGGCGAGGUCGCAUCCAGCGCACAUUUGCCAAGAAACUGAAGCUUGCUUUCUUGAACCAGCUGCCCCAAGAGAUCUGCCAUAUGGUGGCAGGAUACCUGGUUCGGGAAUGCGCCAUUGUCACUUCUCAGGAGCUUGCCUUAGACGUUAGUGCGUUUAAUUCUCUAGUCGACCUUUCCCAUGAUGUCUAUGCGCAAUAUGUGAGGAUUGAGGGCGUUCUGUAUCUUCGGUCUCUGCACAACAAGUCGUUUUCUGAAGGCAAGGGGGAAAAUGUGAGAGUCUUUAAGGCUUGUUCAAGGCGUCCUAUUCGAAAUAUCUAUAUCAGAUAUGAUUAUAUUGGCGUUGGACAUAUUGUUUUGUUUUGCCACAGGGUGACUUCGAUGGUUGCGGAGUAUGGUGGACAGAACUGUCUCAAGAAGGCGGCAUUCUACAAGUCGCUACACAAACAGAUCUUGAAAGUUCGACGUCUUCUGGAUCCUACAGACUCCACAUCCAAAUGUGACAGUACUGCCACUCCUCCUGGUUGGCCGACACCUGGGCUGGCCUGCAGGGUGAUAUACCUCGAGACAUGCAAGAUCGCUCGAGGAGAAAUCAACGGCCUGCGGAUGAGCUUCUUCGAUUGCAACAGGCCAGGUACAGAAGGUUACUCUGCCGCCAUCUGUGGAUUCCAUCUAUCGAAACUGUAUGCGCAUCACUCUGCCACUUGUACACGUUUCUACGAGGAACUGGACACUGUCUGUAGUGACAUGCUAUGGGUCUAUAUGCCGAUCGACCAGGAUGAAUACUUGAAGGAGGUUUGGGUUAUCCGGCACCCAGGUGCUGGGUUUCUAGCGUUAAUGGUAAGGCUAAACAGUGUCUCCCAUCAGAGCUUUGGUUCUAACAUGGUUCCUUUAGCUCUGGACUAGCUUGGGACGAGCGGUCAUCUUCGGAACCUACAUUGUCAAUCCUGAGCUCCAGUUCCAUCGCAUCUAUGCUACAACCAACCACCCAUCGCGGAUAUACUUCAACGAGUGGGAUCCUAACCGCGACGAUAUGCGGAUCAAGUUCUUGGGAAUUGACACCAACAAUGAGACAGGCAUCGCUGCGCC